UCAGUCUGGGGUAUGGAACAAGCAUUGGGGGCGGGGCCAUUGUUCGCUCCUCGGUUGGCAGGAACAAAGAGGUCUCGGUCUCUACAUGUUUAGUAGUAGUUGUAGUAGUAGCAGAUAGAUAGAUAGCAUCACCCCCGAGAAGACAAAUGAUGCUCGAAACCCACUGGCUGCGACGGUGGUAACAAAUAUACCGACAGCGGGACCAAGUACCGUUUGUGAUUUACUUCCCCCCCGUCCACAUCUCUUUAUAAUUUGGGUCGAGGAAUCGUAGUAGCCUCAAGGUUGAAGACAGAUCGGCAGCUCCCCGGCUAGCAGGAGGGCUAGCUUGCUGCAACACCGCGGUUCGGUGAACCUUUCUCUUCAGGCUGCUCGUCAAAGUCAUUCAAACUGUACUCCCCCAAGGAGCCCCCCAACGGGACCACCUUCCCCCCCUUCCACCCCGGCGCCAUGCUGGACAGAGACGUGGGGCCUACACCUAUGUAUCCCCCGUCGUAUAUGGAGCCUGGGAUGGGGAGACCCACGCCGUACGGGAACCAGACAGACUAUCGGAUAUUUGAGCUGAACAAAAGGCUACAGAACUGGACCGAGGACUGUGACAAUCUCUGGUGGGACGCCUUUACUACAGAGUUCUUUGAGGAUGACGCCAUGCUCACCAUCACGUUCUGUCUGGAAGACGGCCCCAAACGAUACACCAUCGGCAGGACGUUAAUUCCGAGGUACUUCCGAAGUAUCUUCGAAGGGGGCGCCACUGAGCUGUUCUACGUGUUGAAGCACCCCAAGGAGUCGUUCCACAGCAACUUUGUGUCCCUCGACUGCGACCAGUGCACCAUGGUGACUCAGAACGGGAAGCCUAUGUUCACUCAGGUGUGCGUGGAGGGCCGGCUGUACCUGGAGUUCAUGUUCGAUGACAUGAUGAGGAUCAAGACGUGGCACUUCAGCAUCCGGCAGCACAGGGAAGUCCUCCCAAGAAGCAUCCUCGCCAUGCAUUCCAAUGGCAUGCAGGACCCCCAGAUGUUGGAUCAACUGGCUAAGAACAUCACGAGAUGUGGCCUCUCCAACAGCACGUUGAACUACCUUCGGCUCUGUGUCAUCCUGGAGCCCAUGCAGGAGCUGAUGUCCCGGCACAAAACCUACAGCCUCAGCCCCAGAGACUGCCUGAAGACGUGCCUCUUCCAGAAGUGGCAGAGGAUGGUGGCACCACCAGUCCCUUCCCCACAUGUAGCUGAGCCGGCCAGACAGGCGCCCAACAAGCGGAGGAAGCGGAAGGUGUCCGGCGGCAGCACCAUGAGCUCGGGCGGCGGCGGCGGCGGCGGUGGCGGCGGCGGCAACAAGAAGAAGAGCCCUGCCAACAGCUUCGCCCUCUCCAACCAGGACCUGGUUGGAACAAAAACCUGUACAGGGCCGGAGCUUGAGGACCGGAGUUGAGAGCCACCACGCUAAAUCUUAAUCCCAUCCACACAAAUACUGACACACACACACAAACACACACGCAAGACACUGACUGACCCACUCCAAUGCAGCCGACACACCCCCUUACACUCGGAGCAUGAUGGCAGCGGUACCAGAGUCGUUACGGACCGUGUCUGGACCAGAGCACCACAUGCUACACAAGUGGGAUUUCUCUCUUUUAGUUUGGUUUCUUUGUUUCUAUUAUUAUUAUGUUUUCAAUUGGUUUGGAUUUUUUUUUAUUUUUGUAAACAAUUUCUAAAAAAAAAAACAAGAAUAAAGUCAAGACUAGCAAACGUAAUAAAAAAAAACAAGAAAAAAAAACUACAAAACACCCCAGAAUAUUCUUUGCACAGUUUUUUCCACAGUGACACCAAUCUAUUUUUCCUAUGAAUCGAUGGUGUAUUCUUGUUCUUUCUAAUUGCUAAUGUACCAACUGUAUACCAUCCUAAAUCUGUUGUGGGAGAUCGCUCUGUGUUGCGUAUAUUGUAAUAUUACUGUUGAAUCAUUCUUACUGUGGUGACGACUGAACAGCAAUGCAAAUCCAUGCUUAAUGUCAUCAGUGUGGGACAUCAACUCGGUGGAUUGAAAUGUACUGAUGUGUAUUCCUAGCAGUGAUGCUAUGGAGUUGUAUGGCUUAAUGUUUUAGUACUGCAGACCAGUUUGUCUGAAUUUCCCACGGCGUCACAUUGGAUAAUGGUUUCCUUACUGACUCCACCUGCUGUAAAAUCAGUUGACGUGUCAUUGCCAAGUUGUUUUUUUGCUUAGUCUAUCUGGAGAGUGUUCACUUUUAGGAAAACUACACAGGAAGUUUGAAAUUUGCUACUUUAAAAAAAAAGAAACAAUUUUGACAGGAUUGUAAAAUAAUAAAAUACUUUUUGUAUUGAG